ACUUUAAAAUUUAAUUUCUUGAACUGAUCGUAACAAACCUGCAAUGGUAUAUCUAUCCCCUACUCUACUGACACACACAUUGUGUUUAUCCUUUUUAUGAUCUUUUUCUGUUUCUGGUUCCUUGGAAAAUAUAGCACAAUAAAACAUUGCUUAUAGCACAUUACAUAUAUUAGCCGCAACAACUACAUACCUCAGAUCAUCAUCAUCAUCAGCAUCCACCAUGAAAUCAGUGAUAGCAGCCUCGUUUGAUGUCUCCGGCGCAUGUUUGUCGUCUUCACGUCCUUCCCUCCUUAAUGCUUACCACACAACCAGCAGGUGCCUCUAAUCAAAACAUGCCUUCAUCUAUAGUGGCCAUCAAUUAUCAAAAGGGAUAUAGUAGUAGAAGGAUUCGUGUUGAACCCAAGUUUCCAUUUCGGAGGGAAGCUGGUUUGAGUGGGAGCUUAGAAGCUGUUGGAGUUCCAACCUCGGUGCCGGUGCGUGUGGCACACGAGCUUCUUCUUGCUGGCCAUCGCUAUUUGGAUGUCAGGACUCCAGAAGAGUUCCAUGCAGGACAUGCUCCUGGCGCAAUUAACAUACCUUACAUGUUCAGAGUCGGAUCAGGGAUGACAAAAAACACCAACUUCGUUAAAGAGGUCUCCUCAGAGUUCAGAAAAGAUGACGAAAUUAUUGUCGGGUGUCAGCUCGGUAAAAGGUCCAUGAUGGCUGCUACUGACUUAUUAGCCGCUGGGUUCACGGGAGUAACGGAUAUAGCUGGUGGUUAUGCGGCUUGGACCCAAAAUAACCUUCCAACAGAACUGUGAUGUGUCAUGUAGGAGCUGCAGCUGUGUAUAUACAAUAAAAUUCGAGUCGUAAGGCAGUAGCAGCAACUCACAUACUGCCCAAAAAGAAAUACAUAAAUGGGAAAAGUACACAAAAUUAUAUGCACUCUGUAUAUUUUGUUGACCCUAGAAAUGUUUAUUUAGUUUGCAGAAUAAAAAGCGCUUAUCCCGUCCCAUCUUUACAUUGAUAA